UCGAACCAUGAAAAUAUGCUAUCAUUAUUUCCAAAUACGUGUACAGGUCGUCCCAUAUUCAGAGCAGUAAUUUCUUCCAAAAGAUUUGAAAAGUUACUCAAAUGUAUAAGGUUUGAUGAUGCUUCCACUAGAGUCCAACGGUGUCAGGAGGACUCAGCAGCUGCAAUAUCGUUUCUAUUCAACCGUUUCAUCGCAGAAGAAGAGAAAGACUAGAAUGUCAUUAUUAUUCAGCUAAUUUUUUUUGUUUUGCUUUAUUUUGUAAAAAAAUUAAUAAAACCUUCAAAUAUUUACACUAUGCUUUUAAUUUUAUAUGUAAAAAUCUAAAGCGGUAUCGCAUACCGAUACUCGCGAUUAACGUUAAAUUAAUCAACCUCGCGGGUUAAGGGUUAA